GAAUUAUGGGCUGCCAUGGUCACAACAGGAUCCUGAGUGUGGAGCUUGGAUCCGGACUGAGGCUAGAAAACAAGCUGAUAAUGAGCCCCCUCCCCCAUUCCAGCGCUCCAGACUAUCCUUUUGUGCCGCUUGUAUGAGCAUACGUGCUGGGAGGGAGGGGGAAACCAGAGCACUGAUGCCGCGGGACAUGUACACAGAUAAAUGUGACAGAAAUAUAUAUAUAGCCCGCAAUUGUACAGAUACAAAUGACUUUGAGCGGUGUAUAGUAAAAACAUAUAGUAACAUACAAAUAUAGGCGAUUAAUACGUUUUGUUUGUAGAAUGACAUUUUGUACGUCCUAAUUGUAAUUAAAUUCUAAUGGCAGGAAUGUUAGAAUUCAAAACUCCAUGUACAGCCUAUCGCAAACUGACUAAGUAUAAAAUUAGAACAGUAAAUCGCUGUAACAUGCAAAGUGCGGCACCAACUCAUGUUUACAUGUAUGCUUAGUGUGUGACUAAAUACAUAUGGGCGCACACUCGACACACGUGACCAGCACGUUGCUUCGCAGCACAAUGAGCUCAGUACCGGACGCACACACACCACAUGACGUAGAAUAGCUGCGGAGACGCCUUUCGGCAUCACGUGAUGCUUAGUGUUCAGCUUCCCGCGCACCGCCCUGGGUCUUACUGCCUGACCUCUCCUUGCGCUCAAGCCUAUGGAAGACAAAUGAAGAGCUCCGGGUCUUUUUCCCAGAUCCAGGUCUUAUUGUCCUGACUGUCAUCUCGUUCUUUGUAAGCCUAUGAAAGAUAAAGGGACCAGUCUCUGAGAUCCUGGUCUGGCCCUUGGUUUUAUAUUCGUUUACUUUCCCAUAGUCCGGGCUUUACUGUACCCAUGGAACUGGUGUUCCAGUCCAUAAUUCACUUCUGGUUUUACUAGCUCGCCCUACCCAUAUGCGUGAUUUCCAGCUCCUGAUUUUACUUUCUUCGGUGGUUCAGCUCUGUGAGAAAAAAAAAAUCCAAUCUCCUGGUCUUGCAACCUACCUCUCCCUGUUUGAAUGAUUUAACUCCGGGCUUUGCUCCCCUUGUCCUUAUGCCUAGGAUCUAUUUCCGAUCUAGUAUAUGCUUUGAUCCAGUCCCGGGAUUUUGAUGCUACUAAAUGUGAGUGAGCCACCCAGCUCCGGGUUGUACUCCAGUGCCCUAGCUUUAUUUCCCCUUGUGCCCGGUCAAUGUGAUCCAGUUCCUGUCUGUAUUCCAGUUCUGGGUUUUGCCGCUUGGAUCACGGUGUGAGUGAUCCAGUACCCAGGCUUUACCUCCCGGUCCAUGUGAUUCGACCCAGUCCACGAUUUUUUUCUGUGCCUGAGCCGAGUGCAGGAAGCAGCUAGUCCGGUUCCUAACGUGUGCUCCAGUGCCCGUGUCUUGCGGCCUGUACCACCCCAGUCCUGGACUCCAGCUCCGCGCUUUGCGGCCUGUCCCUCCUCCUCCUCCUCUCUCGGUAAAAUGGCCUCUCCUCCUACUUUCUACCGCCUCGUGUCCGACUAAGCGGAUCCCCCCUGCCCGAACCAAACCCGGUACCCCGGAGGGGAGGCCUCCUUUAUCCCCGUCCUUUUUUCUCUCCUCCAUGGCUGCUCAGGUGGCCCCGGCCUCCGGCCCUAGUUUGGGGACCCCGCCCGCUGCCGGCCCCGACCUAAAAAAGAGUCCCGGGGAUCCCCCUCCUCCCCCUAACGAGACACAGCAAGAGGCUCCGGUUACGGCUUCAAACGAAACAGACUCAACGGAGGCGGCGAACGGGACACGAGCAGUGCCGGCCUCUUCACAUCAGGAGCCUGGGGAUCCGCCUGCGGCCUCCUCCGCCUCAUCGCACCCGCCCGGCGGGUUUGGCUUCUCUCCGUACCCGAGAGGGGUAUUUCAGCCCGGCCCUGGCUUGGACUAUACUCCUCCAACAGAUUCCUAUAACUCGUACCCGGCCUAUCCUAACCGGGCCUACCCGCCGGGCUACCCCCCGCCUCGUCCGCCCGUCUCCACAGGCAAGCCCCCGGCUCCGGCCUACGCGCCCCCUCCACCGCGAUUCGGACCACCGCAACCAGCAGCUGCAACCCCUACACUCAACCAGCUGCUGACAGCGCCCAGCCCCGGGCGGGGAUACCCGGCCUACCCGGGGGGAGAAUACCCGGAUCAACACAAAGGAGCCGAAGGUUACACCACCGGCUGGGCCGCGGGUCAGAGGGGAGUGCAUGCCCCUGGCAGUCCGGGGAGCAGCGGUCAAGGUCUGCCCAGAACACCGCAGCCUGCUACCCCCAUGGAUCAGAUGGGAAAAAUGCGACCCCAGCCAUAUGGGUCCACUAAUCCAUACAGCCAGCAGCAGGGAGCUCAACAGGCACACUCUGGGUACUCAGUGCAGCCUUACUCUUCCCAGAGUCCACAGAGAUAUCCUAUAUCCAUGCAAGGAAGACCACAAGGUGGCAUGAGCAUGCAGUAUGGGCAACAGAUGUCUCCAUAUACUCAGCAAGCUCCUGGGUCCUACUCUCAACAGAGCCAGUCUCCUUACUACAACCAGCAGAGCCUCCACCCUCCACAGCAACAACAAACAACUCCCCCACAAACCCAGUAUUCUCAGCAGCAAUCAGGUCCUCAGUCGUAUUCGCAGCAACAAGCUCCAUCGUCUCAGCCUCCCCCUACUCAAUCGGGUCAGCCCACAUUUACACAACAGCAGUCCCCGUCCCCUUCACCAUACACACAGCAGCAGGGUGCCCCCACCAGCUCACAGAGCCAGUCACCAUAUUCCCAACAAACUGCCCAGUACACCUCUACACAGCAGCAGGUUUCAUCGUAUCCCUCAACAGGAGCACAACAAUCGGGAACAUACUCUCAACAGCGGUUUCCUCCACCACAGGAGCUCUCUCAGGAUUCCUUCACAUCACAAGCAUCAUCCACACCUUCUCUGGGCUCCAGCAAAGGCCAGGAUGACUUGAGUAUGGGAAUGCAGCCACGGCCUUCUAGUCUACCUGAUCUUUCUGGUUCCAUUGAUGAUCUCCCAAUGGGUGCAGAAGGCGCACUGAGUCCAGGAGUCAGCACAUCUGGAAUCUCCAGCAGCCAAGGCGAACAGAGCAAUCCUGCCCAGUCUCCUUUCUCACCUCACACUUCCCCACACCUCCCUGGCAUUAGGGGUCCAUCCCCUUCUCCUGUAGGUUCCCCAGCAAGUGUGGCACCAUCUCGCUCUGGACCCCUCUCUCCAACUGCUGUUCCCGGAACUCAGAUGCCUCCGCGGCCCCCUAGUGGGCAGUCAGAUGGCCUGAUCCACCCUACAAUGAACCAGGCUAGCCUUGGGCAGGAGCGAGGAUACAUGCAGAGGAAUGCACAGAUACCUCAAUACGGAUCCCCUCAGCCUGGUCCAGCACUUUCCCCCCGCCAGUCAACUGCGGCACAAAUGCAUUCUGGGUUGGGGCCCUAUCAACAAAAUUCCAUGGGUAGCUACGGUCCUCAGGGAGGACAGUAUGGACCUCAAGGUGGUUAUCCACGGCAGCCUAACUAUAAUACUAUACCCAACGCUGGAUACUCUGCAGGAGGAAUGGCCCCACUUGUUGCAGGUGGGCAGAUGCACGGGCAGGGAGGAAUGCCUCAGUACGCAGGGCGCAUAGGUCACUCUGGCAUGGGCAGCCGUCCAUAUGGGCCUAACAUGGGCAGUAUGCCGCCACAGGUGGGCUCUGGGAUGUGCCCACCUCCUGCAGGCAUGAACCGCAAAGCACAAGAAGCUGCUGGUAUGCAUGCCACCCCCAACUCCUUACAGAGCAGGUCUCCAGGAUACCCAAACAUGAACCAGGGUGGAAUGAUGGGAUCUGGCACACCUUAUGGUCAAGGCAUGAAUAGCAUGGCUGCUAUAAUGAACACACAGGGAAAUCCCUACAUGAGUGGCAACAUGGUUAACAACUCAGGCAUGGCUGGCAGUCCAGAUCUAAUGGGGCUUCCUGAUGUCAAGUUGACACCAACCCCAAAAAUGAACAACAAGGCAGAUGGGACACCAAAAUCAGAGACCAAAUCUAAGAAGUCCAGCUCCUCCACGACUACAAAUGAAAAGAUUACAAAGCUGUAUGAGCUGGGAGCAGAGCCUGACAGGAAGAUGUGGGUAGAUCGUUACCUGUCCUUCACAGAAGAGAAGGCCAUGGGCAUGACCAACCUACCAGCAGUGGGCAGAAAGCCUCUUGAUUUGUACCGCCUCUAUGUGUCUGUCAAGGAUAUCGGAGGGCUCACCCAGGUAAACAAAAACAAGAAGUGGCGAGAGCUGUCAACAAACCUGAAUGUGGGCACUUCAAGCAGUGCUGCAAGCUCACUGAAAAAGCAGUACAUACAGUGUCUGUAUGCCUUUGAGUGCAAAAUUGAGAGAGGAGAAGAUCCACCACCAGAUAUCUUUGCCUCUGCUGAAUCCAAGAAACAAGCCAAGAUCCAGCCCCCGUCACCGGCUGGCUCUGGCUCUAUGCAGGGGCCACAGACCCCUCAGUCUACAAGCAGUUCAAUGGCUGAAGGAGGAGACCUUAAACCCCCAACGCCAGCAUCAACUCCACAUAGCCAUAUGCCACCUAUGCCUGGUAUGAGAAAUAACUCUGUGGGUCUUCAGGAGACAUAUGAUGGUUCAGAUCCAUCCUACCAGAAAAGAAAUUCCAUGACCCCAAAUCCUGGGUACCAGGCAGACAUGAUGGGCAGAAUGCCUUAUGAGACAGGCAAGGAUCCUUAUGGGAACAUGAGAAAAGGAGCAGAUCCUUUCAUGCCCUCAGGACAAGGUCCAAGUGGGACAAUGGGGGAUCCUUAUAGUCGUGGUACAGGUCCUGCUAUGCCCAACCUUGGACAACGUCAGCACUACCCUUACGGUGGUUAUGACAGAGUGAGGGGUGAGCCUGGUCUAGGUCCAGAAGGAGGAAUGGGAAGUGGAGGGAAUCCGCAAAAUAUGAUGCCUUCCAAUGCAGACAGUGGCAUGUACUCUCCUGGACGCUAUCCACAGCAGAGGCAUGACUCCUAUGGGAACCAGUAUCCCACACAGGGCACAGCUGCAGGCAGCCCCUAUCCUAGCCAACAGAAUCCUCUGUACCAGCAACAGAACUACAAAAGGCCCAUGGAUGGUAGUUAUGGACCACCUUCAAAGCGUCAUGAAGGUGAAAUGUAUGGUGGCCCAUUCAGUGGAGGGCAAGCUGGGCAGAACCAACAGCAACCCCAGCCUCCACCUCCGCAACAGCAGCCCCCAGCGUCUGGAGUACCACCACCCCCUGGACAGCCUCCUGCAGCCACAAACACUCAGCAGCCACAGGACCCUUAUGGGCAGUAUGGAGGCAGCUAUGCCCAGGGAUCUGAACGUCGCCCAGUUGCCAGUGGGCAGAACCAAUUUCCUUUCCAAUUUGGGCGUGAAAGAGUGUCUGCUGCGCCUGGGAGUAACUCCCAAUCACCUCUACCAUCAAGUGUAAUGAGCAACUCAGGGGAGGGGAACCAACAAGGAGCCAUGUGGCAAGGCAGAAAUGAUAUGAGCUAUAACUACCAAGGCAGGCCUGGACCCCCUCCAGCUAACACACAGGGGCAAGGCUACCAUUCUGUCCCCCCACGUGGGGAAGACCUGCUGCACUCAGAUCAGAGGCUCAGUCAUGAAGGUCAGUGGCAACCUCAUGUUAACAGGCAGCAGCCACCUUAUGUGCCUGCUCCUGGACCCCCUAUGACACGAGCGCCCCCACAGUCUGGGUAUCAAGCCUCUCCCAGCAUGCCCAACCAUUUGCCUCAGGUUCCUAGUCCAGCAACUCCUCGGCCCUUGGAAGCCCAUACUUCACCCAGUAAGUCUCCAUUCUUAAAGAUGCAGAAGGCUGGACCACCUGUGCCUGCCUCUCACAUUGUGCCCGCACCGACUCAGCCACCACUUAUCCGCAGGGACAUUACUUUUCCUCCAGGGUCCGUAGAAGCCACACAGCCUAUUCUCAAGCCAAGACGAAGGCUUACAGCCAAGGAUAUAGGGACUCCUGAAGCUUGGCGUGUGAUGAUGUCAUUAAAGUCUGGUCUCCUGGCUGAAAGCACCUGGGCUCUGGACACCAUUAACAUUCUGCUUUAUGAUGACAACAGCAUCAUGACUUUCAACCUCAGUCAACUCCCUGGAUUAUUAGAGCUGUUAGUGGAAUAUUUCAGACGGUGCCUGAUUGAAAUCUUUGGGAUCCUCAGAGAGUAUGAAGUUGGAGAACAUGCUCAAAAAACAUUGCUUCAACCUUUCCCAUCUGAUUCUUCAAGCCUUCUCUCAGAUGAUACUGAAUUAGGUGAUGGGGAUGAUCGGAAGUCUGUGACAGAUAGUGACCCCCAAAGUGAGGAUGAAGAGGGCCGAGAGGAGAGAAAGGCUUAUAAUACUCCAUUUUCUGGUACUGAGGAUGCUCAACAACAAAGCAGCAAGUUUGACAGGCUCCCUAUAAAAGUGGUUCCAAAGGAAGAUCCCUUUGUGUUAGACUGCUCUCAUCAGUUGGGCCGCUUACAAGAAUUUGAAAGUGGCCUAUUUCACUGGCGAAUUGGAGGGGGGGACACCACUGAACACAUCCAGACACAUUUUGAAAAACGUCCUGAACCCCCUUCACGCAGGCGGUCCCCAGUUAAACGCCGCUCCCGGGAGCAAACGAUUCUAGCAGCAGAGGACACAACUCCUACCAUUGAUGAUGUUCUGUGUGCCCAGCCAAGCUCAUUAUCACAGAAGAUUGGUGAAACCACUGGAGAAGAUUGUGAAUUUUCAUUAGGUCGGAGCCCUCCACCAAGAAACAGGCAUGGUAUAAAAAUAUUAGAGGAUGAGCCUCACAGCAAAGAUGAAACCCCAUUGUGCACACUGGAGGACUGGCAGGAUGCUCUGUCCAGGCGUUGUGUGUGCAUAUCUAAUAUCUUGCGUAGCUUGUCUUUUGUGCCAGGCAAUGACUUGGAAAUGUCCAAACACCCUGGGCUGUUGUUGCUACUGGGAAAAUUGGUGCUACUCCACCAUAAGCAUCCAGAACGCAAGCAAGCACCACUCACUUAUGAGAAAGAGGAAGAGAGGGAUCAGGGAGUAAGCUGUAACAAGGCAGAGUGGUGGUGGGACUGCCUAGAGAUGUUGCGUGAGAAUACCUUGGUUACACUUGCAAACAUCUCAGGGCAGCUGGAUCUUUCUCCCUAUCCCGAAAGCAUAUGUCUGCCUAUUCUGGAUGGCCUCCUACACUGGGCGGUGUGUCCUUCAGCUGAGGCACAGGACCCCUUUGUAACACUGGGCCCCAAUGCGGUGCUGUCCCCCCAGAGACUGGUGCUCGAAGCCCUUAGCAAGUUAAGUAUCCAGGACAGCAACGUGGACCUCAUACUGGCCACACCACCCUUCAGUCGAUUGGAAAAGUUGUACGGGACCUUGAUACGGUUCUUAAGUGACAGAAAAAACCAUGUGUGCAGGGAAAUGGCAGUUGUGCUUUUAGCCAAUCUGGCUCAAGGUGACACUUUAGCAGCAAGGGCUAUUGCCCUCCAGAAAGGCAGUAUUGGAAACCUUCUGGGCUUUUUAGAGGACAGUCUGGCUGCCACCCAGUUUCAGCAGAGUCAGGCUGCCCACCUGCAUGGUUCCUCUGCAUCAUUUGAGCCUACCAGCACAGACAUGAUGCGGCGGGCAUCACGUGCCCUGCUGGCAUUUGCAAAAGUUGAGGAGAACCACCCAGAAUUCACCCUGUAUGAGUCUCGCUUGCUGGACAUCUCUGUCUCUCCACUCAUGAACUGCUCUGUGUCACAGGUAAUCUGUGAUGUUCUCUUCUUGAUUGGCCAGUCAUGACGGCUGCAGGGAGACACCUUCCCAGAAUACUUUGUCUCCCACCACCGUAGAACGGAAUCCUGUUGACACCACCCCUUCUCUUCUCCCCACCUUUUUAUUUAUGCAAAAAACUACGUCUCAAUCCACUGUCUGCCCCAGAGAGGAGAAUUGGCCACCAUUGUGGACCUUUCCCCGCCCUCCUUCCUCCUCUCUGUGUUUUGGUGUUAACCAAAGCUACUGUAUUUCAGUGAAUUAUUAUUAUUAUUAUAUAUAUAUAUAAUUUUUUUUUUUUUUACUGGGGGUGGAAAGGGGCUCCACUGUACUUAACUUCUCCCCCUCCUCUUUACUGCCCUUUCUCCUAAGCCUUCAGCCAAGGGGUUGGCUCAUCUUUUUAAGGAGACACAGACUUCUGAACCAUCAAAUAGGGAGAAUGCACCCCCCCCCAUACCCAAGUCACCAUAAAAUAAUUUGCAGGAUUUCCUUCCUCACUUGCAAUCUUUAGACUAGAAAUUGUGUGCCCUUAAUCUUUAAAGAGAAGAAAACUGAAAAAAAAAACCUUAAGACUUUACCUUUUUAACUGUGCUGAGAAACCCUGCAGAAUCCGACCGGAGCUGGAAAAACCCCACAACCUCAGAGACAUGAUGUAGGUUUUUAAACAGAGAGCGACAUGGAUCGCUUUUAGUUUUCCGGAGGAGACAGACACAGAAAAGUCGCUUUCCCCCAAAGUUUCAUGUGAAGCAACACCCUUACCUCUUAAACUUAGAUUGUAAUAAUCGGAGAUCGCCUCUUAUAACUGGUUUUAACCUUUAGCUUGUAGGUUGCAAGCUGCGAUGUCUGUAUAUAUAUGAUGAUGUACAUUAAAGGCACACCUCUUGUAUCCAACCUCAACCCACUUCCUUCCCAAACACAAGCUCUUUCCCCAUUCAUCUGUAGAAUAUGGGGGAUACGGUUCAGCCUAUUAAAAACUCCCUUUCUCCAGGUAUAUGGAGGGAGGGACCUGUAUGGACUGUUUGCCUACAGAGAACACUCUCCACUUCCUCACCUUUGUAUAUCCAGCAAUCCUAUCAACUUUUAGAAGGUUUUUUUCCCCAUUACCGAUCAAGGUGUGAGUUUUUUUUCGUUCUUGUUUUUUGUUUUGUUUCAGUUCCCCAGACAAAUUGAGAAUUUUUUUCCAGCGAUUUCUGCAUAUUUGUAGCUCCAAAAAAUGUAAAUUUCAGCCUAUUCCUUUUUUUGUUUUAUUUUUAUUUUUGCUUAAUGAAUAUAUCAUUUAUUCAGUAUGAAAUCUUUAUACUCUAUGUUCCCGUGUUAAGAAUAAAUGUACAUUAAAUCUUGUUAA